AUGGCGGGCCGAAUCAUCUUCUCCGGAUUGCUGACCGCAUCUCUUGCGUCUAUCUCCGCCUUGGCCGCUCCCGUUGUUAAGAGAAAUCCCUACAACUUCAUUCUCGAAAACCCCUACAGUGAUACAAUCUUCGAGCUAGGGAAUGUCUCAUACUUGGCAAAUACCAAGUACCCGAAGGCGAGUGCUGGUUGCGCAACUGCCGGCACAUCUACGUCAAUUCCGAUCACUGUCAUCAAAACCAACGAGACCACUAUCACAAAGGACGUCCUGACGAGCAUCGUAUCGUCGUACCUCGAGGGUGACGACGUCUUCAGCCAUGACUUCCUGGACGGGCUAUAUCUCUCAUCAAGCGUCAAGUCGACCUUGGAUGCUUCUGCCAUGGAAUAUCUAGCAACCCUCAACACGAGCAUGCUUUUCGUAGACUCUUCGGUGACUGCAGAUGCCUCAGCGAACAAGGUCGUACUUCAAUCGCCCGUUGAAAUUCCCGCUGGCCCAUACCUCGCAUCUGUGGAAGACGGCUCCGUAAGCUUUGCGACUGUGUACCGACUUUAUCCAGAUACUUACAGGACGUUCCUCUUUGGCGCCUACGAUGCGAAUGAUGGAGAAAACAACUACAACCCGCUCGGCGUAUUCCUGCCCAAAUUUUGGGACCCUAUGAUUCCUGUCCCUUCACGCAUUUACUACUGGGAUGAUGACAGACCCCUCGCAGGCGAGCGUGUCGCGAUCAAGGACUUGUAUGACCUCAAGGGUCUACAAACCUCUGGUGGCAGUCAAGCAUGGGCUUAUAUCACACCCAUCUCGAACGGCACAGCACCUUCAGUACAGCAGAUUCUCGAUCUCGGAGGUGUCGUAGUCGGCAAACAGAAGCUCGCUCAGUUUGCUUCUGGUGCUAACCCUUGGGAAUGGCAAGAUGAGCACUACCCGUUCAACCCGAGAGGAGAUGGAUGGCUCACGUGCUCAGCUUCUUCAUCUGGUGGUGGCUGCUCCAUCGCCGCGUAUGACUGGCUAGACUACGCCAUUGGAAGCGAUACGGGUUCUUCCAUGAGACGGCCGGCCGCGGUAGCUGGCGUAUACGGCCAACGACCCAGCCAGGGCAUGAUAUCCCUCGAACGAGUCAUUCCCCUAGGAGCCGCAACCGACACCGCCGGCGUCUUCUCCCGCGACCCUUACAAAUGGAUCAAGUUUGCAAAAUCCUGGUACACACCCUCCCUCUACCAAGACGCGUCGAUAACUGGACUAUCCCCCCUCUCCGUCCCAGACACCGACGCAUUUCCCAAAACAAUCUUAUACCCCACCGACUACCUGCCUCUCAACAACUCCGCCGCAGAACCCAUUCUCCAAGACUUCAUAGCAAACAUGUCCCGAAUCUUCAACAUGACAGUCAAAGAGUUCAACUUCACCGCCACCGUACAAAACUUCUCCGACCCCAUCGCCAGCAACUUUACAACCAUGAACGCCGCCACCAACGUGAUAAACACAUGGUCCGCAUGGACCGUCGUCGGAAAACCCCUACUAACAGCCUGGGCCGCCCUCUUCGACGGCCGCUUCCCUCCCAUCGAUCCCGCACGGAGACCGGGAUGGGCAAACUUCAACGAAAGCCGUACAAACCAGACAACUUACGACGCCGCCCUCGUCACCAAGAACAUAGCUGUAGAAUGGUACGAGCGCGAAUUGCAAUACUCGACUCCAGAAUCCUGCUCCGAGUCGGUUAUGCUCUACGACAUUGGCACAGGCGGUCUCCCUUCGUUUCGCGAAAAGGAACUCAAUGACUCGCCGGAUGCGUCGUAUUUAGCUGUUACACCGCCAACGGCGAAGAUAACAGGGGCGGGUAUCUGUCCGAUUUUUGGGUGUGCGGAUUUUACGGUGCCGAUUGGGCAGGUGGCGUAUCAGAGUAAUGUUACGUUCCAUGAGGAAAUGGUCCCUGUGACGAUCAAUCUUGUGGUGAAGCGGGGGUGUGAUUUUGUGCUUUACAACAUGAUUGAGAGGUUGGCUGAUGAGGGGGUGUUGAAGAGUGUUAAGACGGGGAGGACGGCAUUUUGA